AUGGGUGGAGUGUGCGUGUGUUAUUCAUGGACUUGCAGACCGAUGUGGCCACUUUUCAUUAUUCUGGCGACAAUGCCCUGCAUGCUGCACAGCUCCGAGAGCCCUCCAGCUGCGGUGGGCAAAAUGUAUCCACGAGGCAACCACUGGGCAGUAGGUCAUUUGAUGGGAAAGAAGAGCAUCGAGCCGCUGCAGGAGUCAGAGGGUGAGCGUGUCUACCUCUCUCCCUCAGAAGCAGCAGGGGUCACAGAGCGCCUGUUGGAGGCUCUGAUGCAGCAAAAGGAACAGAAACCUGCAGACCGGCUGCUCCUGCUGCACAGCGGCUGGAGACAAGAGGAAAGAGACAAAUAUCUCAGAGAGAUGUCAAACCUGCUUCUUCUGGCUUUGAAACUGCGAGACAAUGGUUCCACCUGA